GUACCAAUAAAUACGAAAACAACGUCGAAUAUCGUUUCCCCGUGUAGCCGGGGCGGUUUUGAAAGUUUGAAAAAACGGGGAUGUCGGCUCGGCGCGGCGCUCCCGGCGGCCAACGGCAUCCCCGUCCGUAUGCCGUUGAGCCAACUGUCGAUAUCAAUGGGUUGGUACUUCCAGCUGAUAUGAGUGAUGAGCUUAAAGGGCUUAAUGUGGGAAUUGAUGAAAAGACUAUAGAGUCAUUGGAAUCCACCAGAAGAAUGUUGGCUCUUUGCGAAGAAAGUAAAGAGGCUGGAAUCAAAACUUUGGUUAUGCUCGAUGAUCAAGGAGAACAACUUGAGCGUUGCGAAGGUGCUCUUGAUACAAUCAAUCAGGACAUGAAAGAAGCAGAAGAUCAUUUGAAAGGAAUGGAAAAAUGUUGUGGUUUGUGUGUAUUGCCAUGGAACAAGACCGAUGACUUUGAAAAGACGGAAUUUGCAAAAGCAUGGAAGAAAGAUGAUGAUGGAGGUGUUAUCUCUGAUCAGCCAAGGAUCACUGUUGGAGAUUCAUCGAUGGGACCUCAAGGAGGAUAUAUUACCAAGAUCACUAAUGAUGCACGAGAAGAUGAAAUGGACGAGAAUGUUCAACAAGUUUCAACAAUGGUCGGCAAUUUGCGUAACAUGGCAAUUGAUAUGAGCACAGAAGUUUCCAACCAGAAUAGACAACUCGACAGAAUUCAUGACAAGGCUCAAUCCAACGAAGUCCGUGUGGAAUCUGCUAACAAGCGUGCGAAGAAUCUCAUCACAAAAUAAUAUUUUAAUGUUUUCAAAACUCUCUGUGUCUCAUCUUACCAUUCCAUUUUCCAUUGCAUAAUUUCUCAAAACUCCCAGUAUUUUUCUCCUACUCUUGGACCAGUUGUUUUUUUCGAUUGAAAAUUCAAAAAUUGUUAUUCAAUCAACAAAUUAUUUUUUUUUAAAUCAAAAAAACACCCAUUUCCACAAAAAACUUAAAAUAUAGCUGAAACUUGAAACACCUGGUAGUUGUGAGUAUUUACAUUCCCCCAUUUAUUCAUUUUACAUGCUUCAGAAAUGCCCUAAUUUUUUAUAAUGAAACGAAUGUGAAUGAACAAAGUAUGGAUAAUAACGAAUAAAUUAUUUAAAUACU